AUGGCGCCGUCGCCGCCGCGGCCCGGGUUGGGAUCCGCAGCCGCUGCCGCCGCCUGGAGGGGUCUGAGCGACGCUACCGGGCCCGACCCGCCGGCGGGGGGCCCGCGCCUGCUCAGGCUUCCCGGAGAGGACGCCGUCCGGGGGCGAGAAGGUUGGCGGGAGGCGGUGGGCCUGGCGGUGUCUGCCCUGCGGGCGGGCGGCGUCAUCGCGGUGCCCACGGACACGCUGUACGGACUGGCCUGCUCCGCGCUCAGCUCGGCCGCGCUCGGGGACGUCUACCGCAUCAAGGGGCGCGGCGGCCACAAGCCCCUCGCCCUCUGUCUGGGAAGCGUGGCCGACGUCUACAGGUUCUGCGUAGUGAGGGUUCCCCGGGAGCUGCUGCAGGACCUGCUGCCCGGCCCGGUGACCCUGGUGAUGGAGCGAUCCCACCAGCUCAGCCGCCACCUCAACCCUUUCACCCCCCUGGUGGGCAUCCGGAUCCCCCGCCACGCCUUCAUGCAGCAGCUGGUCCAGAAGUUCUCCGGCCCCCUGGCCCUCACCAGUGCCAACGUCAGCUCGCAAGCCAGCUCCCUGACCGUCGCGGAGUUCCAGGACCUGUGGCCUCAGUUAUCCUUGAUCGUCGACGGGGGGCCGAUCGGAGACGUCCAGAGCCCCGAAUGUCGCCUGGGCUCGACCGUGGUGGACCUGUCCGUCCCCGGCGAGUUCAGCAUCAUCCGGCCGGGCUGCGCCCUGACCGAGACGGCCGACGUUCUCCAGAGAAAGUACGGUUUGCAGCCGUCCAAGGAAUCCCGCCCUUAGCAUCAGAAUCCAGCGGGGUCAAGGUCGUCUUGCCAGGCACCGUGUGCCUUUGGGGGUCUUGCGGCCUCGUUCGAUGAGGUCGGCGGAGCCGGUUGUCUAGAGCUCAGCCCUGCUCUUUGGGGGAGUUGUUCAAGUAAGUCAGCCCGCCCCACGCCCUAGCCCGAAGCGGGGGGUGAGGCUGGCCAAAGCCGUCCCGUGCUGCAGCAGAGCAGGGUCCCACCUCGGUCUCGUCGCCCUCCCCAAUUAAAGCGGCACGAUGCGAGGCUCCCGUCGGGUUUGUUGGGAGAAGCCUUUCAGCCGAAUUCUCAUCUAGAGACCUUCCUGGGAGCACUGGGAAGAUUCCCGGGGCGGCCUCGGUUGGCAACUAGGCUGACCGUCGCGUCUUUACGCGCGGUUCCGGGGGGACGGCACGCCCGGGCCCCGGCGUCCCGCUCCGUAACUGGAAAGUUCGGCACGUACAGAGUAACAAGAUGCAGUUUGGCUGGCCGAGGAGAAGGAGCCCGGGGCUGGGUUCGAAUUGCGGCUCUCCCUGAUGUGCGACCUUGGGCAAGUAAAAUGAUGAUUCCUACCGAUUUAGACCAUGAGCCCCGUGGGUUCGGGGACUGUAGCCAACCCAAUUAACUUGGAUCUACCCCAGCGCUUCAAACUGCGUCUGAUACAGGGUUAACAAAUACAACGGUACUAAUUAUUCUUUCCCCAUCCUCAGGCUAGAGGUGGGCUCCGGGUUCGACAAUCCCUUGUGUUUUCUGGAGCCAGCCCUAGCGUCAGGACGUCCCUUUAGGGUUGGCUAGUCGUGGUCUGGAGAGGGGAAUCGAUAAGUAGAGUCUCUGGCUGUGAAGGGGUGUCUCCUUCCCUGCCUCCCCUUAGGGAUCGAGCGGCAGCGACCCAGCGGAGAGACACAAAUGACCAAAUCUGCGUUCGCCUGUUCCGGGUUGGAACUCCGAUGCAAUAAAAGCCCCCGAGGGCAUAAUCUC